AGCGGUGCUCCGCGUCGGACCCCGCUCACCGCCACCUGAGGGCUUGAGUCGGGGGGCGGCCCCGGGCCCUGAAGUUGGCGGGGCUGUGGCGACCGUCCCCUCAGAAAUACGGGCCCGGGGGUCAGGGGUCAAGUCGGGAUGGAGCCUGCGACCUGGGUGGCUGGAGGGACCCCAGUUUUCACCAGCGCCCUUAAGGGACCAGGACCCCCACAGUGAGGAGCGGUCGCGGCCCAGCAGGCCCUGCGCUGAGUCCUGUCCACGCAUCGUGCGUGCAGGCCGCGUUGUCACCUCGUUUUCAGAGCGCCUUAACUUAGCCAGGGCUUGAGCAAAGCGGGCGGAGCUGGCCCUGCAGCCGCACAGGGCUUUCCCUGCCUCCCUGCACGUGAUUUUUUUUGUCUCUGCACACAGGCUGGACAAGAUCCUGUCCGGGGUCCGGCAGAGGAGCAAGCCGCCCCACCCCCCAACAAUGGCCACCGCAUCCAGUGCCCUUCCUGCCUCGCCCCUGGGGCAGGACCUGGAGCAGGAGGAGAUCCUGAUUGUGAAGGUGGAGGAGGACUUCUCCUGGGAAGAGGAGCCCUCCCUGGAGACCCCAGACCCCAGCCCCGAGACCUUCCGCCAGCUCUUCCGGCUCUUCUGCUACCAGGAGGCCGCUGGGCCCCGGGAAGCCCUGAGCCGGCUCUGGGAGCUCUGCUGCCGCUGGCUGCGGCCCGAGCUGCGCUCCAAGGAGCAGAUCCUGGAGCUGCUGGUGCUGGAGCAGUUCCUGACGGUGCUGCCCGGGGACAUCCAGGCCUGGGUCCGGGAGCAGCAGCCCGAGAGCGGUGAGGAGGCCGUGGUCCUCGUGGAAGGGCUGCAGCGGGAGCCCAGGAAGCAGAGGCCGCGGGACCCGGAGAUGCUUUCUGACGACAUAGUGUCUCUUGGGCCAGGGGGACAAUGCUUCAAACACCAGGCAGAGGCUCGGCCAGAGGCGCCUGCCCCAGAGGAGGGGGCUGGCUCUCGCAGCCAUCAGCCCCCAGCUCAGCUAAGCCACAGACCUGAAGAGAGUCCCCUGCUGUGGCCAAAAACGGGCCGCGCGGCACCCCGGGAUCAGGAAACGGUGUCUGCUUCAGCCUCGUCUUUCCUUCCAGCCUGGUCCCAGCAGGUGCCUGGAACCUUGGAGGAUGUGGCUGCGUACCUGUCCCAGGAGGAGCAGGGACACCUGGACCCAGCUCAGCGUGACCGCAGCUGGGACGUGCUGCCAGAGAGUGAGGGGCUUGUGAUCCAAGUGGAGGAUGGCCGCGACCCCCAGGAGAAGCCCGUGAGGACAGAGUGGUACCAUGUGCUCUCGGAGCGCUGCUGGGGCUCAGCUGGAACUGAGCGGCGGCAAGGCUGCCCCCCACCAGAAAGAGGGGGCCCCCGAGGGCCCGACAAGCCAUUCGUGUGCCCCGAAUGUGGCAAAGCCUUUGGUAAAACGUCCCACUUGACCAAGCACCAGCGUACGCACACCGGGGAGCGGCCCUACAAGUGCCUGGUCUGCGGGAAGGGCUUCAGCGACCGCUCCAACUUCAGCACACACCAGCGGGUUCACACGGGCGAGAAGCCCUACCCAUGCCCCGAGUGCGGAAAGCGCUUCAGCCAGAGCUCCAGCCUGGUCAUCCACCGCAGGACGCACACCGGCGAGCGGCCCUAUGUCUGUGCCCAGUGCGGGAAGAGCUUCAACAACAGCUCCCACUUCAGCGCCCACCGCAGGACGCACACGGGCGAGAAGCCCUACACGUGCUCGGCCUGUGGCAGGGGCUUCCGCCGAGGCACGGACCUCCACAAACACCAGCGGACACACUCUGCGGACAGCUCUCCCCCCGGGCUCCUGGAGGCUCCGGGGGCCAAAGCCUGAC